UAUCUAUAAUUAUAUGAUCAUGUAUUCACUUAAAUCAUGAACGCUAAUAUUAUAGUAUUGCCAAAACAAGAAAGAGUUUGAGAGAAAGCGAGAGAAAUGGAAACAGAAUUGCUCAAGGUUUAUGGUGAUCGCAAGUCUCAACCCACCCGUGCUAUCUUGAUCUUUUGCAAGGUUAAUGGGAUCCGAUUUGAGGAGGUGGAAAUUAGACUCUUCACUUCUGAUGUUCAAACUCCAGAGUAUCAAGCAAUACAUCCAUUGAAGAAAGUCCCAGCAGUAGCUUAUGGAGAUUUUACUCUCUUUGAAAGCCAUGCCAUACUCACGUACCUUGCUUGUUGGUAUCAAGUGCCUGAUCAUUGGUACCCAGCUGAUCUACGGAAGAGAGCUAAGGUUCAAUCCGUGUUGGAUUGGCACCAUACAACAUUACGUUAUGGUUCAACAAGAUACCUGAUAAACACAGUAUUAGCUCCCACAUUUGGUAAAACGCCAAGUCCUCAAGCAGCAGCCGAAUAUGAACAGACGUUGGUUCAAUCUCUUUCAACCAUUGAGACUUUGUGGCUUAAGGGCGACUCCAAGUUCCUGCUAGGCAAUGAUCAACCUUCUGUUGCCGAUCUUGCUCUAGUUUGUGAAAUUAUGCAACUUCAUAUGAUACCAGAUGAAGAGAGGAAGAGGAUUAUAGGUCCAUUUAAGAAAGUUCAACAAUGGAUAGCGAAUAUAAAAGAGGCUACAAACCCUCAUUUUGAUGAAAUUCACCAGCAUCUCUUUGAUGCUAUUGCUAGUUCCAAGCAAAACACGGCUUAAUCUCCAAUCCGAAAGGCUGAAAGCCGAAAAAACAUUGAUCUCAUAUGGAAUUUAAGUAUGUAGUAUUUGAUUGAUGAGGUUCUGGUUCUCCUCUAUGUACGAGUUCUUAUAUGUAUUUGUGUUAUGUGGCUAUGAAUGCCUAAUGGCGACUUUCAUUAAAUUAGCCACUACUAUAAUUCUAUAAAGGUUCGAUGAAAUGUAGUGAUGAUGUAUACUUAUAUUUCGUGUAUGUUGUAGAUAAAUACUUUAGCAUUCGAGUCUGCUUUAAACAAAUUGAAUAUAUUCUAAUCUGAACCCGACUUGUUUAA